GGCGAACGGAACUCCCCGGGUGCGACUGGCCAGCUGCUCGCUCCCGCUCUGCCGCUCUCUCCCUCCCUCCUGCCCUUCCCUCCUCCUCUCUGUGCUUUCCACCUCCCUUGCUCCCGAGUGAGCGCAGCCUCGGAUGUCCGGUUUCCUGGUGGGUUUUUUACCUGGCAAACUCCGGAUAACUUUGGUGGGAAUUUGCAAAGCGGCUGGUAAAGUUGGGAACUCCCUUGCAGGCGUCUAGGAGCUGCUGCUACCGCGUCUUCUCCAUCCUACGGAUUUACUGCCUUGGAUAUUGCGAGGGGAGGGAGGGGGGAGAGGACAGCGAAAGAAAAGGGGGAAAGGAAGACAAGGAGCCUCAUAAUUUCGCUUGCAUUCCUCCGGCGGCCCCGCUCCGCGCGCGCUCUGCCAUCUUUGCACCAUGCACUUGCUGGAGGUGCUCUCCCUGGGUUGCUGCCUCGCUGCCGGCGCCGUGCUCCUGGGACCCCGGCAGCCGGCCGCCGCCGCCUACGAGUCCGGCCAGGGGUACUACGAGGAGGAGCCCGACGCGGGGGAGGCAAAGGCUCAUGCAAGCAAAGAUCUGGAAGAGCAGUUGCGGUCUGUGUCCAGUGUGGAUGAACUCAUGACAGUACUUUACCCAGAAUACUGGAAAAUGUUCAAAUGUCAGUUGAGGAAAGGAGGUUGGCAACACAACAGGGAACACUCCAGCUUUGACACAAGAUCUGACGAUUCCCUGAAAUUUGCCGCAGCACACUAUAAUGCAGAGAUCCUGAAAAGUAUUGAUACUGAAUGGAGAAAAACUCAGUGCAUGCCACGUGAAGUGUGUGUGGAUGUGGGAAAAGAGUUUGGAGCAACUACAAACACCUUCUUUAAACCCCCAUGUGUAUCCAUCUACAGAUGUGGAGGUUGCUGCAAUAGUGAAGGACUCCAGUGUAUGAAUAUCAGCACAAAUUACAUCAGCAAGACAUUGUUUGAGAUCACAGUGCCUCUCUCCCAUGGCCCCAAACCUGUAACGGUCAGUUUUGCCAAUCACACGUCCUGCCGAUGCAUGUCAAAGUUGGAUGUUUACAGACAAGUUCAUUCCAUCAUAAGACGUUCCUUACCAGCAACUCCAACUCAGUGUCAUGUGGCAAACAAGACCUGUCCAAAAAAUCAUGUUUGGAAUAACCAAAUUUGCAGAUGUUUGUCACAGCAUGAUUUUGGUUUCUCUUCUCACCUUGGAGAUUCUGACACAUCUGAAGGAUUCCAUAUUUGUGGACCAAACAAAGAGCUGGAUGAAGAAACCUGUCAAUGUGUCUGCAAAGGAGGCUUGCGGCCCUCAAGCUGUGGACCUCACAAAGAAUUAGACAGAUCCUCAUGUCAGUGCAUGUGCAAAAACAAACUCCUCCCUGCUUCCUGUGGGCCCAACAAGGAAUUUGAUGAAGCUAAGUGCCAGUGUGUGUGCAAAAAGACCUGUCCUAAACAUCAGCCACUAAAUCCUGCAAAAUGUAUCUGUGAAUGUAUAGAGUCUCCUAAUAAAUGCUUCUUAAAGGGAAAGAGGUUCCACCACCAGACAUGCAGUUGUUACAGACCGCCAUGUACAGUUCGAACGAAACGCUGUGACGCUGGAUUUUACUUCAGUGAAGAAGUGUGCCGCUGUGUACCCACAUACUGGAAAAGACCACAUGUGAAUUAGUGAAGAGAGCACUACUUGCUAUUUUGGGGUAUAUUUUCCCAUUAGAACAACAACAACAAAAAAAAGAACAACAGAAACUGUGCUAAUAUUUGGAAUUAAAUGUUCACCAGAGACCCUGUGGGGCUUUCAGAGACAGACUCCUUGUGCUUUUCUCAAGAUGUGGAAAGCAAAUGUAGAAAAUAACUGAGGUUCAUGUUUUGUAAAGAACUCAAUAAGGACUUAUUUUCUGCCAAUGACCAAACAGCCUAGGUUCUCCUUCAUGUGAUUUUUUUUGUUUUUAAGAGAUAAUGACUAUAUAAUUUAUUUCCACUAAAACUAUUGUGCAGCAUUUCUGUUUAUAGCAGUAACAAUUGUUAAAGCUCACUGUGAUCAAUAUUUUUAUAUCAUGCAAAGUAUGUUUAAAAUAAAAUGGAAAUUGUAUUAUAUAAUGGUGAGAAUGUUUAAUCCUCUGCCUGAAGAAAGGAACUACAAUUCAACAUUAGUGAGGUUCUUAAAAGGAUGAAAGGCAAUCAAGAGAAAGCACUUAUGAAAGGAAAAUUACUGACAUUUUCUCAUACCUGUUGUAUAUGUUAUUUGAAAUAGAAAGAGCUGUACAUACUGUCUCAUGACCCAGUGAUAUUUCUGUCUCUAGAACAAAAUUAGCAAACUAAAUAGAAUUAAUAACUAAUUAAAACACUGGAGAUCCUGUACAUUGCCCAAGGAUAAGGACUGUGUUUAAGGGCCACCAGCAAGUAUUCACAUUCCAAUAUUUUCACUUU